AUCCAAUUCUCUUUUAGAAACUAAUUGAAGAGUGUAUGAACUGGAAAAAAGAGAUCCCUUCGAGUAGAAACUAUCGAACCCCAAUGCGCAUUCCAUUGGAUUUACGAAUCCAUUGCAGAUAUUUUUAUGCUUCUUGCACGUGCGCGAUUGUUUUUGGUUACAUGUCUCCCUUUACUCGCAAGUUGAAACUCAAGACAAUAGAGUCUCCACGUAAACAUAUUACUAGUGACAGUACCGAAGAACUGAAAGAUAAUAACAUGGUGACUUCAGCUGUCAAUGCCACCAAUAAACCAUACGAGACCACGUUCAGUUCGACCCAAAGUCAAGAAAGACAGCUAUCCCUUAGUUCUCGAAGUAGUGUUUCGCCUAUGAAACAACGAUAUUUGAAUAUUUACUUGUUUUUUAAUAUUCCUUCAACGGAAGACAUACUUGGCACCUUGAAUUGUGGCCUUCACGGCAAUAAGUUUACUAGAGGAACUCUUAUAUUGCUGAAUCACUUUUUGGUUUUUUAUGCCAGAGUAUUGCAACACAAGCUAGGAUUCUGUAUUCCUCUGCAAUACAUUACUCAAGUAGAACCUGUCACUGUGGGUAUUUUCGUUCAAAAGGCAGUGAAAGUUACAAUUGAAGGAGAGGGACCGUUGAUUUUCUCCUCCUUAGCGUCAAGGAGUGAUGCAUAUCAGCAAAUAUUUGUAUUGUGGAAUCUAUUUCGUUUAGGAAAAUCAGAUGAUUUGAAGGAAUGUGAUAAGCUCACUUUUGAAACUCUCAAACGAGUCUAUUCGGAAAACAGAAUCAACUCUCCCAAAAUUUCUUUUAGUGUUUCUUCUUCGGUGGGUUCAGAGGAAGUUUCCUUGGAAGAAAAAGAAGAUUUAACUAUUAAUAGUAUUUUUCCAUCCCGUUUUGAAGAUAAUGAACAUUUGAUAACUUAUCAGAAAUUGCCUAUUUCUGCUAUAGAAUUUGGUGAAAUAUUAGCAAGUGGACAAUGUGAAACUCAGAGCUGUGUUUCUAGUAAAUUUCAUUGUGGCGAAAGUUCUUUAGAUUCGAAAAAGUAUGACAGGACUAGUGUUGAGAUGCAUUGUCGUACUAUAUUCGAAGAAUAUCAUCAAUUGAGGUCUCAUCAAGGAUUAGAGUUGGGUGACUGGCAACGAAAUGAUCUUGUUGGCUGUUCUCGUGUUAUUACUUAUCACAUGCCAAUCAAUCAUACCUUUAUAUCAUGGUUACUUGGAACCAAUUAUGGCAGAGUGGCAGAGUUGCAAAGGUUUAGUUUAUCUCCAGACAAAGACAAACUAGUGAUAGAAAGUAACAUCCAAUUUCUGGAUGUGGCUUGUAAACAUUGUUUUGAAUUGCAAACGAGAAUGGAAGUCAUUAAUAUGGAGGACAGUUCAUCACAUGGAAAUCUUCAUAGUGUUGUAAAAGUCUUUUGCAAAGUACAAUGGAAAUCAAGGUUUCUAAUGUUUCGUUCACGCUUCGAAGCGUUUCUCAAGGAAGAAGUAACAGAUAGUCUUCAUGUGUUAUUCCAAGUCAUUUUUAAUAGAUGGCAUGAAAUAGAAACAUCUGCUGUUGUAGAAACCGAAGAAAGGGAUAGUCAAACUACCGUUGUUGACAAGUCCGAGGCUUCCAUGACCUCCUCUUCUAAGGAAGAGGACAUAAAAAUUUCUACGAUGAAUGAAAGGAUUCAAGUGAUACGAAGUCAAGGAUCAUGGCUGUUAUCUCCUAUCCAUUAUUAUUGGAUUAUAAUCAUUAUGCUGUUGUGUUUGCUUUGUUUGUUAGUUGCAGUCAUUUUUCGACUGCGACAAAGGAUGAAUGCAUUUGGACAUCCUCCUCCAAGUCUAAUGUCUUCUAAUGUAUGGAAUCGGUAGUCAAGUAUAUAUACAGAGACAUUAUUAUAGAAAUAUGAAACGGA